AAAGCUCGUUAACUGUUGUUGUCUUGGUGCUGCGAAAGCCUGUAAACAAUAAAACACAAAUAAACUGAAAAAUCGCCGUGAUUAAUCAACUUUAACUGCGAACCGAUCCUCAUGCAGGUGUUAAUGCUCCCUUGUUGAAUUGAAGCUGAAGAUAUGAUGGACAACCUUGAUUUUUCUGAAGAGGAGAUUCAAGAACAACUGACAAUCCUCGGCUACAAAAAUAUAUCUAAACACAGACUACAUGAAUUCAAGCAAGAUCUUGAUGAACUGAUUCGACACGGGAAAUGGAAAAGCUUGACCUCGCCUCCUCCUGGACACUCCACCAAAUCUCAGACAGCCACAUUUCAGCCAAGUCCUCCCGCUUACACCAAAGAGAAAGUUAGUCUGUCUUACACUGAUGGCCCUGGUGAGAGGUUUUUCUUACAUGCAGGAAACGUGGACCAUGACAGACAGGUGCUCACCACCUGUCAGAAUAGAGACUACAGAUGGAGACAGAGCCGCGGCGACUCUUACGCUCAACAUUCGGUGGCUCCGAAGCUCCAUCUGCCUUCCGGUGCUCCCAGCAGGCUACAGGUGGAGUCGGACCCAGAGGACACCCUGGACCCACCGCACACCGAUAGCUACGCAUCCACCCCCGACACCCUGGAGAGACGCUUCAUCAAGAGAAAAGUCCUGAGAAAACAUAAAGGACAGUCUCUCAUCUGCGAUGAAUCUGUGUACAGCGAAGACUCAGAUGCAGCAAGCUUUCUGGAGGAACGUCUGGCGGAGCUUCAUUUAUCGGCUCGACACGACGACUAUGAGACAGAGAAUGAAGACGUAACCGGCCGGAGUGACUUGCACAGCUCUGAGAGCGAUGAGAUCUCCACGGGUGUCUUUGAAUCCUACAUGAGAGGCAUGGCUCACACUCACAGUGACCAUUACCUCAGACCCAAACCCAAAUCCUUCAUCCGACCAGUGAUGAGACAGCAAACCAUUAAGAAGUCGGACCCAGUGGCCAAGUAUUUUCAGUAUAAACAGCUCUGGGAAAUGGUUAAACUUCCAGGAGAGACAGACAGGAGAGGUCUGCGCAUGGAGAUAAAGGAACGACUCGCAUACCAGCCUCCACCACCGAAGCCUCGGAGAGUCUACGUGCGAAACACCUACACCGUGCCAACAGAGAAGAAACGCUCAGCGCUCCGCUGGGAGAUCAGGAACGAUUUGGCCAACGGUCUCCUCCCGUACAAAUUCAAUUAUCGAUUUUAAGCCUUACGCUCUUCACAUGCCUUUUAGACACUUGCAAUGAGACAUGAUGUCGGUUUU